CUCCAGCAUGCAGGCCCCCAGCUCCAGGUCUGUGCACCUGAGUGAAUGGCAGAAGAAUUACUUUGCCAUUACAUCCGGCAUAUGUACAUCAGGACAGAAGGCGGACGCAUACCGGGCACAGAUACUACGCAUUCAGUACGCGUGGGCAAACGCGGAGAUCUCCCAGGUCGGUGCCGCCGUGCUGUUCAAAAAAUAUGCAGAGAAAUACUCUGCAGUUAUUGAUUCUGACAACGUCGAGACCGGCUUGAAUAACUACGCGGAAAGCAUUUUAACGUUAGCAAGAUCUCAGCAAACUGACAGUGACAGGUGGCAGUCUGGAUUGUCAAUAAAUAAUGUUUUCAAAAUGAGUAACGUACAGGAGAUGAUGCAAGCUGGCCAGAAAGCCAGAGAGUCUCUGUUGGCACCUGCCGACGCGUCAGUAUUAAUCCAUAAAGAGGCCGCUGUCCUCAGUCCUCCUAAGUUUAGUGUUUGUGGUGGUUCUGGGGACAGGGGCCCGAUAACUGACUCGGCUCAUAAUACGAACGGGACCCAAGACAUCCCAGAGGGCACUCCUUCGACGUGCCCUCUGAAUGCCCGGCCACCUGCGCUGACUAACACCAAUAAGACGUGUCCUACGUCCUUAACACCUUCCGGUGAACUUGCUACCGCAAAAUUCCAUGCCACACCACUGUUCGGAAGUGUCAAAAAGGAAAAUAACAGCUCUCCCACAGCCAACAUAGGACUGAACAAGUCCUCACCUAAUCAGUCUUGUUUGCCCUCUGGCUGUGAAAAUCCAUGGGCGCAGAAAGCUUUUUAUGGUUCUGGCAUCAUCGAUGCACUUUCCACCCCAAUAGUGAAUAAGGCUUUUAGUAAAACAGAAGAUAACGGCCAGAGAGAAGAGAGUAGCCUGCCUGCUUUUAAAACUGCAAAAGAACAAUUAUGGAUAGAUCAGCAGAAAAAGAACCCCCAGCCCCAGCGUGUAUCAGGGUCAUCGUAUGGCGGUGUAAAGAAGUCUCUGGGAGCCAGUAGGUCCCGAGGCAUAUUUGGGAAGUUCGUUCCUCCUGUACCUAAGCAGGACGGGGGAGAGCAGCUUGGGGGAAUGCAGUGUAAGCCUUCGGGCACAGGCCCUGCAGAACCAGCACACAUAGCUGACGAGCGUCUGAAGAACCUGGAGCCAAAGAUGAUCGAACUUAUUAUGAACGAGAUAAUGGAUCACGGUCCGCCGGUAAAUUGGGACGAUAUCGCAGGAAUAGAAUUUGCCAAAGUCACAAUAAAGGAGAUAGUUGUGUGGCCCAUGAUGAGACCGGACAUCUUUACUGGUUUACGAGGACCCCCUAAAGGAAUUCUGCUCUUCGGGCCUCCGGGGACUGGCAAAACUCUGAUCGGCAAGUGCAUUGCUAGCCAGUCGGGGGCAACGUUCUUUAGUAUCUCCGCUUCCUCCUUGACUUCUAAAUGGGUGGGAGAGGGGGAGAAAAUGGUCCGGGCGUUGUUUGCCGUCGCAAGGUGCCAGCAGCCGGCUGUGAUAUUUAUUGAUGAAAUCGAUUCCCUGUUGUCUCAGCGAGCAGAUGGUGAACACGAGUCUUCUAGACGGAUAAAAACGGAGUUUCUGGUUCAGCUAGAUGGAGCAGCCACCUGUUCCGAAGACCGUAUUCUGGUGGUGGGGGCGACCAACCGGCCCCAAGAAAUUGACGAGGCCGCCCGGAGAAGGUUGGUGAAAAGGCUCUAUAUCCCUCUGCCAGAAGCUUCAGCUAGGAGACAGAUGGUGACGAAGCUGAUGUCCAGGGAGCGGUGUUGCCUGAGCGAGGAGGAGGUCAGCCUGGUGGUCCGGCAGUCCGAUGGCUUCUCGGGGGCUGACGUGACACAGCUGUGCAGGGAAGCGUCGCUUGGGCCCAUCCGCAGUUUACAAGCUGCUGACAUCGCCACCGUGACACCAGAUCAAGUCCGACCAAUAGCUUAUAUCGAUUUUGAAAAUGCUUUCAGAACCGUGCGGCCCAGCGUGUCUCCUAAAGAUUUAGAGCUUUACGAAAACUGGAACAGAACCUUUGGUUGUGGGCGGUAGACGGGACACUUGAAGUUUGAAGAGGGCACCUUGGUAACGCGCCCUUUCCCACUUUGUAACUUGGGAAACUGGGGGGUUAUUCAUUGUACUCUCAGUGUGUAUUUUGAAUUCUACACCUCAGAAAAAAUAGAGUAGUAAUAGUUGCAAUUUUACAAUUGAUCGGCUUAGCCCCUGUUAAUAGAAGCUUAGGUUUCACUCCAGUUACUGCCUGAUGUGCGAGCCUAUUUGUACAAAAUAUGAAUGAACGUGUUUCUUUUGUUCAAAGCGGGUCUUUGUUUUCAAGGUGGACAGUAUGAUGACUAGUGAGCUCACACCGAAACUAGGUUCUCAUUUGUAUGUGAGGAGGCAUCUGAUGGGUGCGCGUCUCCUGCUGAAGAAGGUUCCUUCUGCCGACCACGUGACUCGCGCGUUGGCCGGUGUGGUGGUUUACAUUUGAAGCCGCUUCGCUUGGUGUGCAGUGGAUUUAAGGUCUCCCCAAACAGCCGAAUGAGAGUGCCAGUUUUUUGUUCUUCGUCACUGCGUAACAGUUGCCUCCUGUUAACCAGGGCUGCCUGCGGGAGACACAUUCAGCGGUAGCCAGGUGUAAUCUGGUAUCAGAGACGUGUCCGCGGACUUGAAGGAUGAAGAAGGUGCAUUUUCCCAGGGGGGUAGAAUGUGUUUAAGAUUAAUAUUUUAUUUGGUAGUACUUCACAGCCUGUAGCAUCGGUCUCUCAAAAGUGAACGUCUGCAGGUUUCUACGUGGGACCCUUUUGUAAGUAGUAGAUGUUCAUUGUCGAAAUACCAGGGCAGAGAGCUGAAUAAGACGAAGAGGAGGAAGAUUGCGGUCAUCCCAGCCAGCACUUUGGGGAGCAUGCUGUCCAUUCUUGCAGACAUCUUCGGCAGGGUGGGGCUGUACGGUCGCCUCCGUAGCCUGCCUCUCUGUCACCGUCGCUUCCCGUGUGAAUGUGCUCUGUUUACAACAUCCUCCCUCAGGAUCCCACGCUGGAUGGACUGUAAUUUAUCCAGUCCUCUGCUCGGGGAUGCUCAGGGCAGGACACGAGCCGGUUUCCCCUUUGUUCAUUGUACACCAAAACACGUUGAAUGCCUUAGGGAUCUUUUUUAAAAACAAAUACGCCUCUCCUGAGUAAAAUUCUUGCAUUAAAUUCUUGCACGUUUUUAAGGCUGUUGGCACAUGUCCUGAAUUGUCCCCUAGAAAAGUCAUGCAUAUGUGGGAUUCCUCUCCACAGGAAGCCACCGUGCCUCCUUACCUGUCCCGUGUGGACAUUGGGUCCCCGCAGUUUUUGUUAGUGUUCUGCUUACAUCCGUCCGUUCUAACGGUGCUGGAUGCCAGCCGGUGUUUUGGGCGCUGAGAGCAGAGCGGUGAACAGUAGGCAAAGAGCCUUGGUCUUACGUAGGUGACAUUCAAGUUGUAAUGUUUUCUCUUGACAGUGCAGUUGAAGACGGAAUUUGACAGGUGACUUUAGACCGUUGUUUUCAUUUUUGUUCUUGGCUCGCCUUCUAUUUCUGUACUCCCUUGAAAGCUUUGUUUUUCCAUCUGUGAGUUUUUCCCUUUGAAACAUGCCAUUGCCUUUUAUUAGAAUUUGGAUGUUAAACUGCUCGUCUCUGGUUUUAGGUAAAUGUUUUAAAGUGUAAAGCACGUCACAUUAUUAAAAUGUAA